AAAAACCUACCUCAUUAGGUCAGUGUAACUAGUUGAUCUAAAUGUAUCGAGUAAGAGAAACUGCUCUCUCCAAAUAGAAAGAAAAAUGAUAAUUUGUUAUUGGAUAUUCUUAUCAGUUUUCAUAGAAAGUCUGUGUUUAAUAGAUAGUAAGAAAUUGUUGUCUGAAACUGAGAAGCAGAGAUAUGAUGGUUGGUACAAUAAUCCGGCACAUGCACACUGGGGUUCAUGCGGGAGUCACUUGACCAGGAAAGUGAGUGCUUCUUAUUCCGAUGGUGUGUAUUUAAUGAAAAAUAUACCGAAUGCCCGAGCAUUGAGUCAAGCAUUGAUGAGAGGUGGGGAUGGUCUACCCUCCACAAGAAAUCUAACCACACUAUUCACAUUUUUCGGUCAGAUGGUGGCGUCAGAGAUUGUGAUGGCCAGUGAAUCUGGUUGUCCAAUCGAAAUGCAGAGGAUUGAAUUGGAGAAAUGUGAUGAAGCUUUUGAUGCUCAUUGCAAAGGAUCGAAAUUUAUGCCUUUCUAUCGAGCCCUCUACGACUCCAAGACUGGACAAUCACCCAACAAUCCACGAGAGCAGGUGAAUCAAGUAACAAGUUGGAUUGACGGAAGUUUUAUUUACAGCACGAGCGAGGCAUGGGUGAACAGCAUGCGGAAUUUUGUGAAUGGCACUUUCAGAAUGGGACCUUCUGGAUUUCCACCCAGAAAUCACGAGAGAGCUCCACUUCACAGCUACCCACCCUCCGACCAUCUACGACUGCUGAGUCCUGAGCGCAUGUUUCUGUUAGGAGAUCCCCGCGUCCACCAAAAUCCUGCUCUCCUGUCUUUGGGCAUCCUCUUCUACAGGUGGCACAACGUUAUAGCUACUAAGAUUGUUACUGAGCAUCCUGAUUGGUCAGAUGAGGAAGUGUUUCAAAAGGCUCGAAGAUGGGUUAUUGCUACACUGCAGAAUGUAAUAUUCUAUGAAUAUUUGCCAGUUUUGUUAAUGGAAAAUGUAACUGCUUAUAAAGGUUAUCAAGCAGAUCUCCACCCAGGUGUUAGCCACGUUUUUCAAUCAGCAGCUUUUCGCUUUGGACAUACACUGAUUCCUCCAGGGAUUUACAAAAGGAAUGCUGAGUGUGAAUUUCGAAAGACGUUAUCCGGUUACCCGGCAAAAAGAUUGUGCUCCACCUGGUGGGAUCCAGACAAAGUAGAAGAUGGUAUAGAAGAAAUCAUAAUGGGAAUGGCAUCUCAGAUAGCCGAGAAAGAAGACAAUGUCAUUUGUUCCGACGUCAGAGACAGGCUUUUCGGCUCUUUAGAAUUCUCUAGAAGAGAUUUAGCUGCUCUAAAUGUGAUGCGAGGACGAGACAAUGGGCUACCUGAUUAUAACACCGUCCGGAAACACUUUCGAUUUCCAGGACUAAGCAACUGGUCUGAUAUAAAUCCUCAACUCAUGGAGACUAACCCUCAGAUUUUGGAAGAUAUUAAAACCCUGUAUAAGAACUUCGAUGAAAUUGAUCUCUACAUCGGUGGAAUGUUAGAAACAGAAGCAGGAAGACCCGGACCUCUCUUCCGGACUAUCAUCCGGCAACAGUUUGAGAGAAUAAGAGAUGCCGAUCGAUUUUGGUUCGAGAAUCCAGGUGUGUUCACGAAAGAUGAAGUUGAACAAAUAAAGAAAGUAACUUUGAAAGAUAUAGUCAUAAGUACAACAGACAUUCCAGAAGGUUCUAUACAAAACAGCUUAUUCAUAUGGUCAGAAGGUGAUCCUUGCCCGCAACCCAUGCAAUUAACUGGUGAUGCGCUGGAACCCUGCCUAAUGUUGCACGGACAUGAUAGCUUUCACGGAAAUGAAGUUGCUUACAUUUACUCCUGCCUUAUACUUGUUUUUAUACCUAUAGCAUGCGCCGGAGCAGGGUAUGGCGUGAUCAAGCUGCAAAAUAGUCGGAAGAGACGUAUCAAACUGCAACAAGAAGUGAUAGUUGGUAAACAUUGCGAAAACCUUGAAGUAAAAGAGUGGCUCCACCAUAAUCAUAAGCGAUGUGUGAAAGUUAAGAUAGGAACAGAUAACUCUUUGUCGACGCUCAACAGAAAAGGGGAGGUACUGAGGAAGAUUUUUCUAGAACAUCCUCUGCAUUUUGAAAUCACCGAAGAAACUAGGAAACCAAUGCUACUCGUCCGAUCCUCCAAGGACCACGAUAUGGUACUCCAAUUUAGAAACAGAGGAGUUAUGUCGAAAUUUCUGGAGAAGCUCGAAAAAGACCGGAAUGGGCAGAUUCAGUUAACCCCUGUCAAGAGGGAAUUGAUGCUCUCCAAUGCUGAGACCAAAGAGAAACGGCAGAAAAAGUUGGAACACUUCUUCAGAGAAGCCUAUACUCUGACUUUCGGACUACGACCGGGAGAGAAGCGUUACCUGGAAGAGUGCAAUGAUGUGGUGAUGGUGAUGAGGACAUCCCUCACCCGCAAAGAAUUUUCUGAAGCCUUGGGCAUGAGAUCCGACGCUCUGUUCGUGAAGCGCAUGUUCAACUGCAUCGACAAAGACAAGAACGGUCAGAUCAGCUUUCAAGAAUUCUUGGACACUGUCCUUCUCUUCUCCAGAGGUAAAACUGAGGACAAACUGAGGAUAGUAUUUGAUAUGUGCGAUGACGAUGGUAACGGUGUCAUCGACAAACAGGAACUGAGUGACAUGCUGCGAUCUCUCGUAGACAUAGCCAAAACUGAGUCUCUUGGACAGGAGGACGUGCAGGGACUGAUAGAAGGGAUGUUCUCUUCCUCCAGGCUGCAACACAAGGAGGAACUCAACUAUGACGACUUCAAAUUCAUGAUGAGUGAAUUUCGCGGAGACUUCAUUGCGAUCGGUUUAGACUGCAAAGGUGCAAAGCAAAAUUUUUUGGACACAUCAACUAACGUAGCUAGGAUGACCAGUUUCCAGUAUCCUCCAUUUUCUAAACCUGGUUAUUGGACAGGACAAUACAACAGUAUGGUGACAUUUUUGGAGAAAUAUCGGCAGCACGUCUUCUACCUAUUCAUAUUUUACGUCAUCACUUUCGUACUCUUACUCGAAAGGAUUCUGUAUUACAUGUACCUGGCAGAGCAUACAGAUCUGCGUCACGUGAUGGGUGUGGGGAUCGCCAUCACCAGAGGAUCUGCUGCAGCACUUUCGUUUUGCUAUUCGGUCCUACUUCUGACCAUGUGCCGCAAUCUGUUGACGAGGCUCAGAGAACUGCCUCUACACCAGUACAUUCCCCUAGACUCUCACGUUCAGUUUCACAAAGUGGUUGCUGCCACUGGACUCUUCUUUACACUAAUUCACACUGUGGGACACUGCAUAAAUUUUUACCACGUUUCUACACAAAACACGGAUAACCUGCGAUGCCUUACUCAAGAAAUCAAUUUUGAAUCUGAUUUCAAACCUACCAUAUGCUAUUGGCUUUUUCAAACGGUGACUGGUGCAACUGGCAUGCUGUUAUAUGUUGUCAUCUGCAUAAUUUUUACUUUCGCUCAUUCCAGCAUUCGAGAGAAGGCUUAUAAAUAUUUUUGGUUAACGCACUCUUUGUACGUAGUGCUUUAUAUACUCCUCCUCAUUCAUGGGUUAGCUAAAAUAACUGGCUCACCUCGAUUUUGGAUGUUCUUCGUGGGUCCAGCAAUCUUAUUUGCACUUGACAAAGUGGUCAGUCUUCAGACGAGAUAUAUGGAAUUAGACAUUCUUGAAACGGAGCUUCUGCCUUCAGAUGUGACCAAAGUCAAAUUCAGUCGUCCACCUAACUUCAAAUAUUUAUCUGGUCAGUGGGUUCGCCUCUCUUUCACAGCCUUUCAACCAUCUGAGAGCCAUUCUCUUACCUUAACGUCUGCCCCUCACGAAAAUUAUCUCUCUGUGCACGUGAAAGCACAAGGGCCCUGGACAUGGAAACUUCGAAACUUCUUCGAUCCCAGUGCAGACAUUCGCCCGAAGCCCGGACAAAAAGUGCGCCUAGAGGGUCCAUUCGGUGGAGGAAACCAGGACUGGUACAAAUUCGAAGUGGCCAUAAUGGUUGGAGGAGGCAUCGGAGUUACCCCCUAUGCAUCCAUUCUCAAUGAUCUCGUGUUUGGUACAUCCACUAACAGAUAUUCUGGAGUAGCUUGCAAAAAGGUGUAUUUCCUAUGGGUCUGUCCAUCACAUCGAGAUUUUGAAUGGUUUAUUGACGUACUACGUGAUGUCGAAAGAAAAGACGUCACUAAGGUUUUGGAGGUUCACAUUUUCGUCACUCAGUUUUUUCACAAAUUUGAUCUCAGGACAACAAUGCUGUACAUAUGUGAGAAUCACUUCCAAAGAAUUUCCAAUCGAAGAAGCAUCUUUACUGGUUUGAAAGCAGUCAAUCAUUUUGGAAGACCAGACAUGAGUUCUUUCCUGAAAUUUGUCCAGCAUCAGCAUUCCUAUGUGAGCAAAGUUGGGGUAUUCAGCUGUGGUCCUUCUGCACUGACGAACAGCGUAAGCGCUGCUUGCCAAAGCGUCAACAAUCACCGCCGCUUGCCUUAUUUCUUACACCAUUUCGAAAACUUCUAACGGAAACAGGAAUCAACGUAUUUCCUGAUUUCACUGUGGUCAGUAUUUGGCGACCAAGCUACCCAAAAAGCCCAUAAGGACGGAACGAGUUAAUACGGCAUUUAACAGGAUUAUGACAUGCGUAAUACGGCAGCUAAACACUUGGUUUAUAUGCGUAAUAUUGAUAUAAACUGUGACACUUUGUUUCUAGACACCAAUGAAUUUCAUUGUGACACCAAUAAGAUCUGGCUUGCUUCUGAAAGCAUGUAAUUUUAUAAAUAAAAAUUAUUUAAAAUAUGAA